GGUGUUGUUAGCAUGGCUGAAAUUCUUACUACAACAAAACAUGAUAGGGAGCAAAGACAGCUCUUGGAUGUCAUGAUAUCUUCAGGAGAUUUGGUUCUUCAACUUAUAAAUGACAUACUUGAUCUUUCCAAAGUUGAGUCAGGAGCUAUGAAAAUGGAAGCUACCAAAUUCAGGCUAAGAGAGGUAGUAAGGCAUGUACUCCAGACAGCUGCAGCAUCAUUGCAGAAAAUGUUAACAUUGGAAGGAGAUAUAGCAGAUGAUAUACCUAUUGAGGUCACUGGAGAUGUUUUAAGGAUUCGGCAGAUUCUCACAAAUUUAGUCAGCAAUGCUGUCAAGUUUACACAUCAAGGCAAAGUUGGUAUAAACUUUUAUGUUGUUCCAGAACCACCAUUUGCCAAAUCAGAAGAAUGCCACCAAACGGCGACAGAAGACCAGUCAAUUGUUUCUUCAAAUGGAUUGAAGGAAGAGAAACAUGCAUCAUCACUUUGUUUGAUCGACCUAUUGACUCAAUAUUCGUUUGACUACUGUGUUUAUGUUUUAAUAUUUGUUUUAAAUGGAUUACUUAGUUUUGUCCUCUGCAGUCUGCAUAUAUAAGCUUGUUUUUAACCC